AUGUUUGGAGAUGCUGGUACUCGAGAUCUUAGGAUACCUUUUGCGUCGACUGUGGCAGAGGCGACAUCACAAGGUUACUGGUCUAUUCCUCCGGCAAGAUCAGACGAAAUGGAAACGCUCCACAUUGUUUUAUCCACUAUGAACCCUCCCUCUCCACCGAUGGAUGAUGAUGAGUUUUUAUGGCGUGGUCAAUCAGACAACUUUGUUCCCAAAUUCUCUCCAAAGGUGACUUGGAAUAUGGUGAGAGAGCAUGCUCCGGUGGUGCCUUGGUGUAGUUUGGUCUGGUUUAAACAGCAUAUACCGCGAUGCUCGUUUGUACUUUGGAUGGCAGUCCUCGCUAGGCUACCAACCCGAGACAGAUUAUCAUCGUGGGGAAUGGCGGUGCCUAGAACCUGUGUAUUUUGUCCUGCUGGGGAUGAAACACAUGAUCAUCUUUUUUUCCAAUGUGCUUAUUCUGCUCGCGUCUGGGAUUUCUUCUCCAGGAGAUACAAUGUAUCUUCAAUGGCGGAUUUCUCCUCCUCAGUGGCCUUUUGUCAUCGGCUACAUGAUGAUCACUCACCAGAUGUGGCGACUGUUUUCAAGAUUCUGUUGCAUGUCUUUGUCUACACACCGUGGAAGGAAAGAAACACUAUAUUGUGGGAGUUAUCUUAA